CGCACGGCGUCAUCGUACCGGAUGUUGAUUAGUCUGGAGGAAGAGCAGGAAGAAAGCGCAGCAGCGCGAGCUCCAGCUGAACGGAAAUAAACAAACAGUCGAUCGGAAGCGGCUGGUGUGUUUGUGUGGAUCAUGGGCCGCAUCUUCUUGGAUCACAUCGGCGGCACGCGCCUGUUCUCCUGCGCUAACUGCGACACCAUCCUGACCAACCGCUCCGAGCUGAUCUCCACGCGCUUCACCGGUGCCACCGGACGAGCCUUCCUCUUCAACAAGGUGGUGAACCUGCAGUACAGCGAGGUGCAGGACCGCGUGAUGCUGACCGGCAGACACAUGGUGCGAGACGUCAGCUGCAAGAACUGCAACAGCAAGCUGGGCUGGAUCUACGAGUUCGCCACCGAGGACAGCCAGCGCUACAAGGAGGGCCGCGUGAUCCUGGAGAGAGCGCUGGUGCGCGAGAGCGAGGGCUUCGAGGAGCACGUCCCGUCAGACACUGAAGCUCAGUGCUGGUGUUUUGUGCUCCAGCAGAUGGGAGUAAAGCUCAGUGUUGCUCUGGCUUCAGCCAAACAGCAUCACGCUCACACUGAUCCUCUUCUGUUGAGAGCACCGCGCAACGCGAUCAUGGGGCGCUACAGCGGCAAGACGUGCCGCCUGAUCCUGAUGCUGGUCAUCACCGUCAUCUUCUUCGUGGCGGAGAUCGUAGCGGGGUACAUGGGCAACUCCAUCGCGCUGGUGUCGGACUCGUUCAACAUGCUGUCGGACAUUCUGUCGCUGUGCGUCGGGCUGACGGCGGCGCGGGUGUCGCGUCGCGCGGGCUCGGGGCGCUUCACUUACGGCAUGGGCCGCGCGGAAGUGGUGGGCGCGCUGGCUAACGCCGUGUUCCUCGCCGCGCUCUGCUUCUCUGUGUCCAUGGAGUCGCUGAAGAGGCUCGCCAUGCCGCAGGCCAUCGAUGACCCGCCGCUGGUGCUGAUCGUGGGCUCGCUGGGGCUCGCGGUGAACGUGCUCGGGCUGCUGAUCUUCCAGGACUGCAGCCGCUGCCUGCGCGCGACGCGACGGAACGACGCUCCUGUGCCGCGCGACGCGGAGGAGGAAGAAACAGUGAUGUGUGAGCCUCAGGCAGAGCUGGCGCUUUGUGUUUGUCCUGGAUCUUCAGAAGUGCACUCCACACUUGUGCUUUCUCCGUCCACAGGCCUGCAGGAGAAGAAGGCUGGGAGCGACGGGCCUCCUCUGAACAUCCGGGGCGUGCUGCUGCAUGUGUUGAAUGACGCGCUGGGCUCGGUGGUGGUGGUGGUGGCCUCGGCUCUGUUCUACGUGUGGCCCCUGGCCCCUGAGAGCCCGUGUAACUGGCAGUGUUACGUGGACCCCAGUCUGACACUGGUCAUGGUGGUCAUCAUCAUGUUGUCAGCUGCUCCUCUGGUCAAAGAAACGGCUGGGAUCCUGCUGCAGAUGAGUCCCCCUGAUCUGCCGCUCACCGCAGUCUUGGAGAGCGUGUGCAAACUCCCCGGCGUGGCGAGCGUUCACGAGGCUCACGUCUGGGAGUUAUCUAAAGGACAGAACGUGGCCUCGCUGCACGUCAAAGUGUCUGCUGACCUGCAGGACCCGGCUCUUCAGACGCAGAUCCAGCAGCUGUUCCACCGCGCCGGCGUCCACAGCGUCACGGUUCAGCUGGAGCGCGCCGACGGAGAGAUGCCCUGCUGUCCUCCUGCCUCCAGAGACGUGACCGAGAAACAGAAGCAAAUAUCAGCCAAACACACCGAGAGCACCAAGUUCUGAAGCCAUUUCUCGACCCGGCCGGUUCCCAUGAUAAUGCACAGAACAAACAGACCUCGUGUUUAAUUCCUCCUCACGACUGUGCCUCGCUGCCCUUUCAGACUCCAGCUAAUGAUUCCUAGUAAUUGUUCUUCGUUAGUUUGAGACGGUGCCUGACGGAAUCCGGAUCAUCAGUCUAAUUAAUCAGCAGCUUAUUUAUUGCUCUGAAUGAGAGACACGUCCAGCUCAUAUUUCAGCCCAAAACAACAGGAUAAAAACACAUAAUCAAGCCAAAGUCUCAUGAGUGUGUAAAGAAUGCAAACAUGAUAGUAUUUGCCGUAGUGCCUCUAAUGCUUAUGCUGAUAUAUGUAAUAAAUAAUAAUCUGUAUUACAGUAAUAUGCAAUUAUUGUUUCAAAAAUAUUUUUUCGUUUCUUUUGAUUUUGGGGUGAAAUUCGACCUGGACAUGGUUUCAUGAGAUUCGUUCCAAUAGCAUAUUUACAUUCCGUAUUGUUAUUUAUGACCUUUUGCUCUUAAUAAUCUUUAUAACUUCUUGGUAAUUCAGGGAAACGCAUAGAAUUAACUGAUAUUUAGUUGUUGUGGUGUGAGAGUGUGUGUUUUUGUGUGAGUGUGUAUUUGAGAGACAAUCAACUGUACUUUAAAACUGUAUAAACUAAUGUUAAACAUUUUGGUUGAAAUCAGAUUUAGCCUUUCUAAG